CCUAUUUGAAUUUUUUUUUUGGCGGUGGCGGCCAUUUUGUCUAGUUUGAUUCUGCCAAAUUUAUUUUGCUCUUGACUUUUGGUUUUGUCAUAGAAGCAAUGGGAAAGUUAUACAACCGAUAUAUCCCGAAGUAUCCGAUUUAUCUGUCUGGUGGUGAGCUAAACCUUAUUUAAGGUUUAGCUCGCUAAAAUGCUUUUGAGAUAUCCGAGCCGAGUGUUCCAUGGCGAUGGGAACAAGAAGUGUGUUUGUUAUUGCACAAGUGAUCUCGCUACGAGAAAAUUACGCUUAUCCAUGUUGUUCUAAGUGUAGGCGAAAGAUAAGGACUUUAGACGAUGAAAAUACGUUCUGGUGUUCCAAUUGUCACAAGAAGUACACACAGGGUGAAGUUCAAUUUAGAUACAGAGUGGGGCUCACUGUAUCUGACAGGUCUCAGGUGGCUGAGGUUGCUGUGUUUGGAAGAUGUCUCCAACCAUACUUUGGUGCUUCAGCAACAGAGUUCUACAGGAACAGCCCUGCUUAGUGGCAGACGCCAAACUGUUCAAGUGUCCAAUCCAAACACAUAGACUUAGCUCAGCAGGAUGCUUCACAUGGCUACUUUUUCUGUUUAGAUUUUCACACAGUCUGACCACAGAUUUCAAACAUCUACCAGUGUCCUCAGCUACCCUUAUUCAUGAAGCAAUGGAACAGUGCUUUGUAGGCUCCUUGGUGCAGCUUGGCUUCCAUGUCAUUUCACCAUGUCGAUCAGGCUCUCAAAUCACAAGGUCUUCACCUGUACAACUGAAAAACAUCUCCCUACAGCAAGCCCAUCAUCAGCAGAAAAGAAAAAUGAUACAAUUACCACGGCUUACAACAAGUAUAAUGAGCAAGAUAGGGCAGAUGGAAGACAGCCUUACGAUAAUAGAAAUACUCAACCAGAUUAUACUAGAUUUGGACAACCCUGUAGAGUCAGAAAGCCCUAGUCAGGAUGGGGUACAAAGGGUGGGGUACAAAGUAUCAUCAGAGGCACACAUCCAUGGAAGGCAAAGCUUUCCAUUGAGCUUAGAUCAUUGUUGUGAUCAGAAAAGAAGUUUUAGCUUUAGUGUGUCACCACUGGUCCUGUCAUGUGUAUCGUCAUCCUCAUCAUCAGCACAUUGUGAUACGUCCAGUACAGCUUGGCAAAUGACUCCUGUUUCUACUAAUUUACAUGAAGAUGGAUGUUUGUCUUCAAAACAAUAUUUAUCCAGUGGUCAUCAGAUCCACUUUCCAAAUGUGGGUUGCCCAUCCCACAAUAACUCUCUUGUUAAAGACAUGAGCCCUCUGACGGCCCAGUCUAGGUACUCAAAACUUCACGAGUCACAAAACGGAAUUGAAAUCGAUCGGUUUGAAUGGUCGGAGUUGCCUUCCUCCGAAGACCUGAGUGCAUUCCUUGCUGACAUGAGUUUGGAAGAAGAUGAAAUUCAUAGUGCAGUUAAAUGCUCUUAUCCCAUCUCAUCAAAUGGAAAUGCAUUAUCAGUACAAGACUGUCGAACAAAUAAAAAUGAAAAGAAGAAUGCUGCUCUAUACUCCAGUCCAUGUUGUGAUAAUACUGGUCCAUGCUGUGAUAAUACAGGUCCAUGCUGUGAUAAUACAGGUCAAUGUUGUGAUAAUACUGGUCCAGAAUAUGCGAGAAAAUGCACCUGUUGUGAUUAUCGUCUUUUCUCCUGUGUAAAUCAAGAUCCUUCUCAGGACGAUUACUCAGAAUUCCCAUCAUCAGACGACCUCGAUGCGUUCUUGGCUGAUAUGGAUACGAGUUUUGGUGACGCUUGUGAAGAUGACUGUGGCAGAUCUGUCAGCCUGACCCAACAUACGUCUAACGCGUGUCCAUAUCAGGACGCGAUUGAGUCCUCCAAACCUCAAACAGGAUAUAGAGGUCCUGAUGUUGGUAGCGUGAUAAGGGUCCCUUGUCUUCCUCUAAGUAAUCUCCCUAAUCACGUCGAUUUACAGGAAAACUGCACGACAGGCUCUACUAGCGGUGCUAGGAAUCCAAGGUUUCAAAUAGAUCAAGAAUUCCUGAGCGAAGAAAGCAUUAAUGGACACAAAAUUUGUACUACUCGAAGAGGUUCAAAUAGUGUUGCGUUGGACACUAAGUUUCCACUAGAUCAAGGACACUUAAUUGUGGAAAGCGACAAUGGACUCGAAAAUUGCACUACUGAUUCAACCAGUGUUACGAGGGAUCCUAGUUUAUCAACAGGCAAUCAAUAUUCGUAUCAAGAAAGUGUGAAGCCAGAAGGGCGACACUGCGUUGCUGAAGAUUUCUAUUGCUUUCUAGAUAGUACCGACGAUUCUGUUCGACUAGACCAAGUCUCGCGCCGGGUUGAUAAUGAGUCUGCUACAAGCACUGAACGUUCUGAGAGUGAAGGGCGGUCCAGUUUAAGGUUCCAGAUGAGUUGCUCAUUUACAGACACUGGGGAAAGUAAUCAUCCGAGAGAAAAGAAAUAUGUUGAUGGAAGUUACAUCGGUGCUGAUGACGACAAUGAUGUUGCUGAUGACAUUGAUGCUAAUGACGACAAUGAUGUUGCUGAUGACAUUGAUGCUAAUGACGACAAUGAUGCUUACAACAACAAUGAUGUUGCUGAUGACUGCCAUCAUCGUAUUGGUGAUAGUGGUAGUGAUAUGUCAAUUAUAUUGUCGGAUGCAGAUCCAUCGUCGCCUUUGCUAUUUUCACAGAACUUCAUAAAUUCAAAUGAAAAUCUCUCCUCGACCCCUGGGCUGUUUUCGACGUUUUCCAGUGAGCAUUCGCAACAACAGACUCCAGAACUCUUUUCUCAAGCGCUUUUCUCCUCAUACAAACCCAUGACUCCUCGAUCAACCGAUCUUUACAAUGACACAUCUGACAGCAGGGUAUCCACAAAUGGAUCAAGGGGAAGAUAUUCGGAGAUCCUUUUGAACAAAUUACGGAACGGCGGGAAGAUGACCAGAUUGCGUAGACACUCGACACCUAUUGAGAAGCAUUCACCGGUAACAUCUGUUGAUCAAGUUCGUGAAUACGCAAGCCCGAAUGAACCGGACUUUCUUGAGAACAGCCUACAAGAUAUAGAUGUCGAUAGUAAAAAGUACAGAAACUAUUCACCUCGGCAGACAAAACAACAUCAAGGUAGUCCUCAAGAAGACUCUUGGAGACAACAUAAUCGUUCACUGCCCACUCCAUGUGCGUCUCAGAAAAGUCUGCCCACCGAUGGGACACCAGUUUUGUUUUCUUCUGGAAGUUGCGAGAAUGUAUCUUGUAUGGACAUGAGUGUUGCUGACUGUUGUUUAGAUGACAGUUUGCUUGCCGACUCUAUCAUGAAUUGCUCCUAUCUCAAAUAAAAAGUUAUUUUUUUAUCCAUUUUUAUCCAUAUAUAUUUAUAUAUUUUGAUCUUGAAGCAUCAUCGUUUCCACUUUUUGUGGUGCCUUAUUUAUCUUCCUCACUCCAUUCAGUGUUUUUUUAAUUGUCGUUUUUCUUUGUUAUUAUGGUAGAAGGCAAUAAAGGCAAAUACAUCGCCAUUUGAAUUCUGAAAGAAAUACAGUAUAAAAUUUAACAUUGUGAUAACGCAACAGACGUCUUCAUCGAAAGGAUUUUUAAUUAUGACUACACAGACAAGCAGGGCAUAAGUCUCAUGUGGACGCAAAUCACAGGUUUGACCAACCAUCAACUAUUUUAUCAUAUUUUCAUCACCUUUUUUUCGAUAUAUCGUAUAUAAAGACUCUGAUAAUUUCAUCUUGCGUGUUUAAAAAAUUAUUCUAAAUGGCAGGUGUCAAAAUUUAAAAUCGACCAACCAAUCACUGGAACCGAAAUAUUCGCGGCAACUAGCUGAUCACACACAGCUUUAUUUCGAUUUUGUUCUCUUUUUGUGAAAUCUUUAACUGCAAGAAACCGGGCUAGCUUUUUGCCGUAAUUAUUUCCAAUAUAAUGGAACCCCCUCCUGAUUACUCCGUGGCGACUGGUUACGUGAUCCCGUCAGCACCUCCGCCGACUUACGGAAACAAAGUGUCUCCCUUUACCACUUUCUCUACACGAGAGAUGCACCUAAAUGCAAAUGAAGGUAUAAAAUCGCCUCAUUACCUUCCCCCAAUUCAGAGGAAAACACUCACGACAUUGAAUAGCGAUGAGGGGUCUUCUUUUAUGGUGGCAGAGUGUGUCUCAGAUAAAGAAAUAAAUGCGGGGCGACCAAAGAUUCAAGGAAGCAACGCAUUUGAUACCUACGGGGAGCAAAGCCCAUCGGAUACCAUCCAAUCUCGACAUCUAAGACCCGCACUGUUUGUCGAUGAGGAGUUACAACAAGAGCAUGGACUAUUUGAUUUUUCUCAACGCGAAACUGCAAGCAGUGAUAUGUACUACCAGGGGAUAAGGAUGUAUCAUGCAAAUAGAGGACAAGAAAACGUCAUCACUACACAGCCUACCCAAACAUUACCGUUAAUGAGUGAUACAGCUAACGACCCUGUCAAAAAAAAUCGCACUACCUAUGCCGUCAACUUGACGUCUGAUAGUAUAGAGAUGAAACACUCCAGAUGUCUGGACUCUUCACCUAGGAGAAGCUCGAGUAAGCCUGGCCCUCGUAGGGCUGACUGCUACGUCAAUCUUUGUUGCUGUGUCACGUGCCGGUGUUCAGUAUGCACGUGCUGCCCAUGUGACUGCACGUGUUUGCAGUGCGCACCGUGCAUCGUGUUCAGCGCCUUGUGCUGCCCUUUCUGGUCGCUGUGUCUGCUGUGCUCAAUGAUCAACUCAUGUUGGAAGCAGCCUUUCCAGUCCACCUCGGCCUUGGUUCUGCGCAUGGCAAGUAGUUGCCAGUGUGACCGUCAUAGGAAUUGUGCUGUCACGUGGUGUGUCGAUGAUGUGCGCACGCAGCUUUUUGAUGUUAGUCAAUGGGGAUGUGGCGUGGAAGACGUUAAUGAAUGAGAAUGGGCACGCCCCCAACCCCCCCCCACCACCACCACCACCACCACCAACCGUACACGCAGCCACAAAAAUGAGGGUUUGCUCCGUAUCUAUGUCAUUCUGUACUAAGGGCAAAAGGCGAUUUGCACGAAACAAUCACGUGACUCUUUGCUGUUUGCGCUGAUUGGUUUAUUUUGCCGCCAUGAGCGCGCGCGGGUUUACCCAAAAGUCACGUCUCUAUACUACUGGCGCAACAAGGUUGCGUAAAAUCACCAAGAAAUAAACAGGACUUCUUGUUACUUUGUAUUUUAUUGGGUGAUAUCCCUGGCUUGUAUAGUUAAGUGUAAUACUAUAAUACUCUACCAAAGUAUAUAAAAUUAAAUUGAUAAUCACCUUG